AUUCUAUGUGUGGCAUAAACACAAAAUUCGUCACAAAUAUUGAAUGUUAAUACUAUUUCCCACGUCAUACAACCGUAGUGUGACGUAGAAAAUACCAGUAAAUUCAAAUUUCUAAAGUAAAAAAAAACACCUUUUAUCGAUAAUUUGACUUCAAAAUGCACAGGUACAGCAUAGCACACGGUACUAGGGACUCGGGUCUGCAGAGAGGUUCUACAUUUUCGUCAUACUCCUUAGCGUCAGCCCCGUCGCAACAAGUUCUUGGGCAGAUUGGACUUCCGCUCAACUCUGAUAACGGCACCUCACCUUUUAUAACUGUAAAUUAUGGAGACGGCCAACAAGUUCUUGUCAACGUAGAUUGCGCAAUAUUGCAUUUGUUUUUACACCUAAGGGCACGUUAUGUGGCGGACGGCUGGCAGUUUGACGAAGACAUAAUAAUUACUGGGCCGCCUAUAGUUGAGAAACCGCCUUCGCCAACGAAAGAAGAUAGAUUGAAACGAGAUUUAAAUCCACUCCAGCCGAAACUGUUUACUUGCUUUGAUUUGCUGGACGAAGGACAUGCACCUUUGGAAUUCUGCAACAAAGACCCGAUGACUAAAGUUCGGAACUUUGUCAACGACCGAGCGACUUACCUAUUCUGCAAAGUGAAACGUACCCAUAGCGGUGUUAUAAAAGAAGCAGUUCCUCUACUUGCAAAGACACCGUUGGAGUUAAAACGUCGAAUUGACACCGUUCUUCGCACAAUUGAGCGCUCAAACAAGCGGCGAGGAGGUCGGGGUACAGACAGAUCUCCUACGGGGAAAACGAGCCUGCUUCCCGGCAGGAGAGAUCAUCGGCUUAGCAUCACAUCGCAGUCAAACCGAACAUUCGCAAAUGUGGUGCGAAACUUGCAAACCAAGUGAAACUUGGUAUUAAACAUUGAAAUCGCAUUUAAUUCACUUUUGCGACGAAAUUUUUAUCAAAACUUGAAUUUUCUGUCUAAUAGAAACGCGCAAAUAUUAAAUGGACGCGUACAAAACACAAAAUCAAACAUGC